AUGGACAAACAGAAAGUCCUGGUCCGUCUGGUGUGGGACCUUCAGACGUUCUUGUCGUUGUUGGACUCUGAAAACCUGAGCUUUAUCGCACAGGCACAAAAGAAAUCACUGUCAGAACUUCUCAUAUCUCUACACAGUACUGCAAAUACUACGAAUACUACUGCAGUGGAAGAUGCAGAGUACAUGGUGAUGAGCUGCACAGACCCAACAGCACCAGAUGUGACCCGGUCCUCAGAGCUGGACUCCAACACCGACCCAAAACUAGAGAAACAAGCAAGCGUCCAGUUGACUCCUGAUGAAGACAUGUAUGAGGAAGCAGCUCCCUAUGCCUCACAGUCCACCUGCACCUCCACUGAGAAGGCGGAGUCAGACAGCAGCCAUUAUGAAUCCUACGGUGAUGAAGAUGACGAUGAUGUGUUCGAGGGGCGACACGGGCUGAUUACUAUGGACAAGCGGUUCGUCCAAUGGAGUGCCUCGCAGCCCUGUCUAAGGCCCACCCCCGAGUCUCGUCUCUGUGGUUACCUGUGGAGGAGGAGGUGGCUCGGGCAGUGGACCAAACAGCUGUUCAUCAUCAGGAACCACUCGCUCAUGUGUUACAAGUGCCCCCGGGACCCGGAGCCUCAGAUGGAUGUCGACCUGCGUGGAUGUCUGCUGCUGUACAAGGCCAAACCCCAGAGGAAAGUCCCCCACACACUCAGACUGCUGCUGCCUGCCUCCGACAGCCUGGUCUUAGGCUUCAGCAGCUACCAGCACGCAGAUGAGUGGAGGAAGGUGAUCGAGGAGCUGAGUUCUGGAGACAUCGAAACUCAGAGCUCGUCUGUGAUCAAGUCCGAACCACUGUCCUGCAGGUCGAGUGCAGUUCAAACAGACUCAGAUGACGAGGCACCUCUACAGCGCCACCCUGAGGACAGAGGCUUCCUGAAUGUGCUGAUGAACUGUCAGUGGCAGAGUUUGCGCUGUGAGGUGCAGGGAGGACUCCUCAACAUGUUCGCCCACAGAGACCAGGACCCAGCACCGGACACGGACUGCACUCGGACCCCUCAGUACACGUUGUCUCUGAUUGGCUGUGAGGUCAAGCCUGGGCCGGACACGCCCCACUCUUACAGGAUCACACUGAGCACGCUCAGUGACGAGCUCACCGUGCUGGAGGUGAGCAGCACUGAAGAGAAGGAGCGCUGGAUCAAACUUCUCAAAGAAUCAACCAAUCAGAAACAGGAGAAACAGGAGGACAGCGCCCCCCUCAGUGGCCUCCAGACUCGCAGGUUCCCAUCUCCAAACACUUACGAAGCACAACCUGUGUACUCCAACAACUCCGUCCUGCAGCACCAGCUCCACAAAGAUCCAGGGACCUUAAGUAACAUCAGCGCUAACCAGCGGAGCGGCGGGGAGCAGCGCAGCGUGCAGAAGCUAGAACUGGCUCGGAAACCUCAAAGUGUGAACGGGGUGAAGCUUCGAGCCGAGUCAGAGCUCAACCUGGCAACCAAGAACAAGCGCAUCUCCUUUAGACAGUCUCUGGCCGUCUGCAGCGAGCGUGCACAGUCCAGUUUCCUGAGUCCUCUGCUGCGGAGGACGGCUUCAGCCAAACUCACUCUGAAGCGAGCCCCGUCUGCCCUGUUCCUGGAGAGUGGACGAGUCUCACACAGAAAGCAGGAGUGGGAGACUAAAGCCGCAGCCUGA